AUGCCGCCGCAAAUUAAACACGAUCUCAACCGCUCCGGCUGGGAGGCGACCGACUUCCCCUCCGUUUGCGAAAACUGCCUGCCCGAGAACCCCUACGUCAAGAUGCUCAAGGAAGACUACGGUGCCGAAUGCAAGCUCUGCACCCGCCCAUUUACCGUCUUCAGCUGGGCCGCCGACCGCGCCCACGCCCGCAAGAAGCGCACCAACAUCUGCCUCACCUGCGCCCGCCUCAAGAACGCCUGCCAAUGCUGCAUCCUCGAUCUUCAGUUCGGUCUACCCAUCAUCAUCAGAGACAAGGCCCUUGAGCUGGUGGCCCCGGGCCCUCAGAGCGAAAUCAACCGCGAGUACUUUGCCCAAAACAACGAGCGCGCGAUUGAAGAAGGAAGAGCUGGUGUGGAGGAAUACGAGAAGGCGGACGAGAAAGCGAGAGAGCUGCUUAGGAGGCUGGCGCAAAGCAAGCCCUAUUUCAGGAAGGGCAGGGAGGUCGACGAGGAGGGCAACCCUGUUGGCGGAUCGUCGAGCGGCGCAGGAAGGGCGACGGGAGGCAAUCCUGCUAUGGGAGCUGGUGUUGGUGGGGUUGGUCCGAUUCGCACAAGAGACUCCAGGGCGGCCGCAGCUGCUGGCGCCAGACCCGGUGGUGGACGAAGACCCAACGCAGCUCCGGCGCCUCCUCCUGGACCCAAGGACUGGCUGCCGCCGGCCGAUAAGAGCAUAAUGUCGCUCUUUGUCACCGGUAUCGAAGAUGAUCUACCCGAGUUCAAGAUCCGCGACUUCUUCAAGGCGUUCGGGAAGAUCAAGUCGCUGGUUGUGUCACAUAUGUCGCAUGCCGCUUUCGUCAACUACGAGACCCGGGAAGCUGCUGAGAAGGCCUCGGCAGAGUGCAAGGGUCGUGCUGUCAUUGCCGGAUGCCCCUUGAGGGUUAGAUGGAGCGUACCCAAGGCCUUGGGAACAAUGAACAAGGAAGAGCGCUCGGAGAUGCUACGAGAUGGUCGGUCAGCCUUUGGCGGUGCUCAGAAGACAGGCGGCCGAUCGGCGAUUGAGGGAGGAAAUGCUCAGGGUGGCGCAUCAGGAGCGCAGAAAGACGACGCAUCCAACCUCACCAUCGCAGCGCCGCCUGGUGCGGCAGACGUACAGUACGCCAGUCUUUCUGGCAACUAA